AUGGAAGAGGAAGGGCGCAUAAGUUACCACGAAUACAAAAGGAGAUUAAAAAAAUUAACUGAGGAAAUAAAAAAAGAGAUGAAAAAAAGUAGUAACAAAAAUAAAAAAAGUGAGACAUUAUUGAAUUUAGAAGAAAAAUUAAAUAAACUGAAUGAGUUAUAUAAUAAAGAAGAUGACAAAAAAAAUGUAGAAGAGAAUUACAAUAAUGAUGAUAAUAAUAAGGAUGACCCUUUUCAUACAAAUACUUUAUAUCAAAUGAAUGUAAUAUCAAAGAAAGCCUUAAGGAAUAGAAAAAAAAUGGAACAUAGAGAAUAUGAAGAAGAGCAAAUUGAAAAAUCAAGAAAUAAAGAAGGGGAGAAAGAAUAUGAAGAAUUAUCUUUGAACCUAAAAAAAUUAAAUAAAACUAUUUAUUCUAUAGCACCUGAUGGAAAUUGCUUAUAUGAAUCCAUAAUACAUCAACUUAAAUAUAGAAUACAUACUUAUCAAUAUACAAUAACAGACUUUCUAAAACUUAUAAAUAAAGAACAAUUUUCUCUAGAUAAUAUUAAUUUAAAAGAUUAUAUAAAUACAAAUUUUUUUAAUUCUAAUAUAUUUAAUAAUAUAAAUCCAAAUGAUUUGAGUAGUGACCUUUUAAGAUUUAUUACUUCAAUAUAUUUAUUACAGAAUAAAGAAUUAUUUAUCAAUUUUAUAUAUGAUUCAAAUGAUUGUGAAGACAACGAUACCUAUUUCAAAUAUUGUGAAGAUAUAAUUAAAGGUGUAUAUGGAAGCGAAAUAGAAAUAAAGGCUUUAUCAAAUAUUCUCAAGAAAAAAAUUACGGUUUAUGAUGUAAAUAUGAACAUAUCAUAUGAAGAAGAUUGUGAAGAGGAAUUAUUCUUAUGCUUUCAUCAUAAAUUAUAUGCCCUAGGGAAGCACUACAACUCAGUCAUUGAUUUACCGUCGUAA